UGGCCAAGGCCGCAGGCUCUUCUUGGCAAUGUCGAUCGGGGUAGCCCCGCGCUUGCGUGCAGUCUCGUGCUAACUAUUCCUCGUACUAUACGUCGCUCGCAGAAUGUUUUGAAAGCUCGUGCGCGUUAGGUGAUACCGUGCUCGUGUAUUUCUUCUCUUGGCAAAAGAAACGAACGAACGGAUAGACGAACGAGCUCGAGCCGCUGUGUUCGGAUCAGUUCGGGUCCGGUAAUCGAUCGGCCGUUGCGCGCAGUGAUAUUCUCCUAUAGUCCAGUGCGAAUUACGUACCUUUCCUGUUCUUUUCCCUCCUAUCCUUGUCUCACACGCUCAUUCACGCACUCGUUCUUCUCCAUCAAUAUAACACACCAUGAACGUGCGGCAGAACUUCCACCAGGAGAACGAGGACCGGAUAAACAAGCAAAUCAAUCUGGAGCUACACGCCAGUUAUGCCUAUCUGUCUAUGGCGUACUACUUCGAUAGGAACGAUGUCGCUUUGCCGGGCUUCUUUGAAUACUUCAAGAAAGCGUCAGAUGAGGAGCGCGAGCAUGCCAUGAAAUUGUUAGCUUAUCAGAAUAAGCGGGGAGGCAAUAUCUUUCUGCAGCCGAUCAAGGACCCGGUGACGGACUGGCAAAGCGCGCAGAACGCGAUGAUGGAGGCUCUGCAGCUGGAGCGGAAAGUGAAUGAGCAUUUGCUCCAGUUGCACGAGCUCGCUUCAACGCACAAUGAUCCGCACUUGAUGGAUUUCUUAGAAACUGAAUUCCUACAAGAGCAAGUAGACUCGAUAAAAGAGAUCGCCGAUCAUGUGACGAACCUGGAGAGAGUCGGAGACGGCCUCGGAGUUUACAUCUUCGACAAGGAGCUGAGAGAUCGAAACUGAUCAAACAAGACUUGCUGCAUCAGAACUGGAUUUUAGACAAAUAUCGCAAGACGCCAUAUUCUUUAUAUCGCAUCAAUAAAGCGCCGUAUGCGAUAAACAGAUAGGCAAAAAAGAACAAACGUUUAAGCACAAUGUUUUUUGUGAGAUGUAUUGAGAAGAUCUCGGAGGAAACAUAUAGCCAAUUAAAUUCAAUAUCAAUUUCACGUAUUAAGUGGCUUUAUUGUGCAAUUAAUAAUAUUUAGCAUUUAACUUUCUAAAAGGUAUAUGUAUAUUGCAUUCCUAUAAUAUCUAUACAAGAUGUUGUGUAAAUUGCACAUCGUUGUAUCAUUUAAAGUCGAAUAAUAAUAAUUGAAUUAUUAUGAUCGCAACACAA